UUCACUAAUCUGAUGUUUCAGCAGGAGUUUGAUGUGUGAGCGCGUCAGGAAAGCGCGCGUUAUUGUUACUCUUUUCUUUACGCGUCCUUGGAAUUCCGUCAAUGUUUCAGGAAUGUAAACUAUUCUGCUGGAAUUAUAAACUCAGGGCUAAACGGGAAAGAAGCAGAUCGAGUUGGGAGUCUUUGUAUUCCGUUGCUUGGUUUAUAUGAACCUGUGGUGUGGAUUUGUGCACGCUGGAAACGCAGGGGCCAUGUGGCGCUUUUGGGUCACCGAUCAGCGCUCAGUUCGCGUCCAGAUCAUGUGGCUGCUCGUUUGUUCGCUGAUUGCGGUGAUGAGCUGCGAGCAUUAUGGCACACAGGUCCAGGUGAUGUCCUCCAAAACGCUCAGGGCUUCAAACGCACGCAGCAAUGUAACAGACAGCAAUCACCUCACAGACUUGUACCAGAAGGAAGAGAUCAUCAUGGUCAAGGGCGGAGGUCAUGUCCAGAGCCCACGGUUCCCCAACGCAUACCCGCGCAACCUGCUGUUGUCAUGGAAACUGCUCUCACCCCCCCAUACCCGCCUCCUACUGGAGUUUGAUGCACAGUUUGGACUGGAAGUGGCGGAUAAUGGAGUCUGCAGGUAUGAUUUUGUGGAAGUGGAGGAUAUUUCUGAGACCAGCACCAUCAUUUGGGGCCGCUGGUGCGGUCAGAGAGCUCCAUCACGAAUCACGUCCAAAACAAACCUCAUCAAAAUCACCUUCAAGUCAGACGAUUACUUUGUAGCCAAACCCGGAUUCAAAAUCGGUUAUUCUCUGCUGGACCGCUCACCUCUCGCGUCUCUGAUGAACUGGGAAGCUGUUACAGUGAUGUCAGACCUGGGGGGGAUUUCCGGGACGGACAUCCCGCUGUCUGUGUCUGAGCUGGAUCAUGACAUCGCCGGCGUCAACACGGUGGAAGAGCUGCUGAGACACCUGAACCCGUUUACCUGGCAAGAAGACCUGGAGCAGCUGUAUACACACACGCAUUACUACAGGCCGCGGGCAUUUUACACUGACCGCAAACAUAAACUGGAUCUCGACCGUCUCAAUGACGACGUGAAGCAGUACAGCUGCACGCCGCGUAAUUUCUCAGUGAAUCUCCGCGAGGAGCUGAAGGCGACCAACGCUGUGUUUUUCCCGCGAUGCCUGCUGGUGCAGCGAUGUGGCGGAAAUUGUGCGUGCAGCACCGAAAACUGGAACUCCUGCAGCUGCAGUGCCGGGAAAACCGUCAGGAAACUGCACGAGGUGUUGAAGUUUUCCCCGGGUCAGAAUUUCUACGUGAAGAGAACACGCGCCCGCUGGGUUCUGGAGGAAAUCUACUUGCAACACCACGAGAGAUGUGACUGUGUGUGUCCGUCGAGACCGCCACGAUGAACCCCACACACACACACACACACACACACACACACACACACACACACACACAGUACUGCCAUUCAGACAUAUACAGUAUCUCCAGGUCAAGCUUCCACUUAAACAAAACCUUUUAAUAAAAUGUAAGACGUGCACACACUCGCAUGUCUCUCCAGAAAUGUAGCUUUAACUGUUUUAAUUCUUGUCAUUUAGAUGUUCUUGUGUCUAGUAAAGUUAUAUGGAACUCACCAAUAGAAUGUACAUGAAUAUUAAUGAGGCUUUUGCUCUCACAGGCCAAACAAAACUCCCAGAGGGCGUUUAUUUUUAUUAUUUGUUUUAGUCAAUCUAAUCCAAGCAGUGUUAUUUAUUGAAAGCAAUGUCUUUGUCUUUUUUAUAUCUGUGAUCAUGUUGUUGUAUGUGAAUUUUGGUUUCAUAUACUCAUAUUCAUAUACUUUGAUAUUCAGAUAUAUUUUUUGAGUGUGUGAUCGGAAUAUAUUUUGCUUAUUUUACAAUCUGAAAUUAUUUCCAGAGCAAUUAAACGCAUUUCCCCACUCCCGAAUUCCCUUUAGCGCAAUGCAUGUCAAUGCAUAACUGAAAGGCAAUACAACAUAUUAUGCAUGACUAAUUAGAAUGACAAAAUUAUGUCUGUUUGUAGUACAUAAUGAUUUUAUGCAAUGUGACAUUUGAAAAUUUUAAAUUAUGUCAUAAUGCAAAUAAUCAUUCGGGUACUAAAAAAGGCUUCAUUUUAUUUAAAUUGCACCUGUUAUGGUUUUUAAACAUGCCUGAUUGUGUUUUAAAGGUCUCCUACAAUAGAUUUACAUGCAUUCAAGGUUAAAAAACACUUUCAUUUGCUCAGAAUUUAAAUUGCAGCAUUACCUUAUUUACCCAGUGUCAAAAACGACUCGUUCAAUGAUCCGUUCUAAGGCAUUCACUCUAAACUCCUCCUUUCAGAGAGCCAACUCUGCUCUGAUUGGUCCGUUCUAAAGCAUUCACUCUAAACUCCUCCUUUCAGAGAGCCAACUCUGCUCUGAUUGGUCCGUUCUAAAGCAUUCAUUCUAAACUCCUCCUUUCAGAGAGCCAACUCUGCUCUGAUUGGUCCGUUCUAAAGCAUUCAUUCUAAACUCCUCCUUUCAGAGAGCCAACUCUGCUCUGAUUGGUCCGUUCUAAAGCAUUCAUUCUAAACUCCUCCUUUCAGAGAGCCAACUCUGCUCUGAUUGGUCCGUUCUAAAGCAUUCAUUCUAAACUCCUCCUUUCAGAGAGCCAACUCUGCUCUGAUUGGUCCGUUCUAAAGCAUUCAUUCUAAACUCCUCCUUUCAGAGAGCCAACUCUGCUCUGAUUGGUCCGUUAUAAAGCAUUCACUCUAAACUCCUCCUUUCAGAGAGCCUACUCUGCUCUGAUUGGUCCGUUCUAAAGCAUUCACUCUAAGCUCCUCCUUUCAGAGAGCCAACUCUGCUCUGAUUGGUCCGUUCUAAAGCAUUCACUCUAAGCUCCUCCUUUCAGAGAGCCUACUCUGCUCUUAUUGGUCCGUUCUAAAGGAUUCACUCUAAGCUCCUCCUUUCAGAGAGCCUACUCUGCUCUGAUUGGUCCGUUCUAAAGCAUUCACUCUAAGCUCCUCCUUUCAGAGAGCCUACUCUGCUCUUAUUGGUCCGUUCUAAAGGAUUCACUCUAAGCUCCUCCUUUCAGAGAGCCUACUCUGCUCUGAUUGGUCCGUUCUAAAGCAUUCACUCUAAACUCCUCCUUUCAGAGAGCCUACUCUGCUCUGAUUGGUCCGUUCUAAAGCAUUCACUCUAAACUCCUCCUUUCAGAGAGCCAACUCUGCUCUGAUUGGUCCGUUCUAAAGCAUUCACUCUAAACUCCUCCUUUCAGAGAGCCUUCUCUGCUCUGAUUGGUCCGUUCUAAAGCAUUCACUCUAAACUCCUCCUUUCAGAGAGCCUACUCUGCUCUGAUUGGUCCGUUCUAAAGGAUUCACUCUAAACUCCUCCUUUCAGAGAGCCUACUCUGCUCUGAUUGGUCCGUUCUAAAGGAUUCACUCUAAACUCCUCCUUUCAGAGAGCCAACUCUGCUCUGAUUGGUCCGUUCUAAAGCAUUCACUCUAAACUCCUCCUUUUUAGAGCCUACUCUGCUCUGAUUGGUCCGUUCUAAAGCAUUCAUUCUAAACUCCUCCUUUCAGAGAGCCUACUCCGCUCUGAUUGGUCCGUUCUAAAGCAUUCACUCUAAACUCCUCCUUUCAGAGAGCCUACUCUGCUCUGAUUGGUCCGUUCUAAAGCAUUCAUUCUAAGCUCCUCCUUUUUAGAGAGCCUUCUCUGCUCUGAUUGGUCCGUUCUAAAGCAUUCACUCUAAACUCCUCCUUUCAGAGAGCCUACUCUGCUCUGAUUGGUCCGUUCUAAAGGAUUCACUCUAAACUCCUCCUUUCAAAGAGCCUACUCUGCUCUGAUUGGUCCGUUCUAAAGCAUUCACUCUAAACUCCUCCUUUAGAGAGCCAACUCUGCUCUGAUUGGUCCGUUCUAAAGCAUUCACUCUAAACUCCUCCUUUAGAGAGCCAACUCUGCUCUGAUUGGUCCGUUCUAAAGCAUUCACUCUAAACUCCUCCUUUCAAAGAGCCUACUCUGCUCUGAUUGGUCCGUUCUAAAGCAUUCACUCUAAACUCCUCCUUUAGAGAGCCUAGUCUGCUCUGAUUGGUCCGUUCUAAAGCAUUCAUUCUAAACUCCUCCUUUUUAGAGAGCCUUCUCUGCUCUGAUUGGUCCGUUCUAAAGCAUUCACUCUAAACUCCUCCUUUCAGAGAGCCUACUCCGCUCUGAUUGGUCCGUUCUAAAGCAUUCACUCUAAACUCCUCCUUUCAGAGAGCCUACUCUGCUCUGAUUGGUCCGUUCUAAAGCAUUCAUUCUAAGCUCCUCCUUUUUAGAGAGCCUUCUCUGCUCUGAUUGGUCCGUUCUAAAGCAUUCACUCUAAACUCCUCCUUUCAGAGAGCCUACUCUGCUCUGAUUGGUCCGUUCUAAAGGAUUCACUCUAAACUCCUCCUUUCAAAGAGCCUACUCUGCUCUGAUUGGUCCGUUCUAAAGCAUUCACUCUAAACUCCUCCUUUCAAAGAGCCUACUCUGCUCUGAUUGGUCCGUUCUAAAGGAUUCACUCUAAACUCCUCCUUUCAAAGAGCCUACUCUGCUCUGAUCAAUUAUUUACAUGAUGUGCUGAUUAUUAGUCCCAUAUUUCAAUAUUUACUGAUAAUAAUAAAGAAUAUUUCUAUUUGAGCAAGAGCAAAAGAGCGCUUCCAUCAUACCCGUGCCUGACGGUCGUUGUUGUAAACACUGCAACUCCAAAAAUCAUGUGUUAUGUGUAAAGAAGAUGCAAUGGGAACAAUGGGAUUGAGCUUCUUGUCUGUCACUCUUACUUUCCAGAACAAUCAAUCAUUACUAAGGCCGGAUUACCCACUCGGUUACUCCACUAAUUGUAUUGGUACUCCAUGUCGGACGAUACCUAAAACUUGUAUCGCUCCAGAAAUAUUUGUGUCGGUGCAUUUGUAGCGUCAUCUCGUAUUAUUAGCCUACUUCUAUCAGAGCUGUUUCUAAUGGUCGGUCUGUGUACUCACGUGUUAUACAGACCAGGGCUGGACUGGGAAGGGAAUUCGGCCAGGGAUUUUACAUGCCAGGGGCGUUCGCUGUCCAUUUCUGUAUAUCGCGGCGCCGUUUUGUGGUCUGUAUUGCAUAACGCGGCAGCUCAUUUUAGCUUAUCUUGGCCCUUAUCGCGGCCGACCCACCAGCCCGAUAGGUUCUCCCGAUGGCGAGUACCCCCCCCGACCGGCCCCAAAGUGCGUCGGCCCACCGGGAAAUGCCCGAUAUGCCAUAUAACCAGUCCAGCCCUGAUACAGAUGCUAUUGGAGUAGUGUCUAUGGUAAUAAGAUAAACGUUUUUAAUGCAAUAAAUUAUUUUACAUACGAAUAGUGGGCAUGAUCAAUUGUAUUCAUAUGUUUUCAUAUAGUCACACCAACAUUAAGGCAGCCCUAGUAUUUAUUCAUAGGUGUAUAUGACAAGAUGCCUCUCCCUUUUCUCACAUGGUCCACUGCAGAUAAACUCUCUAAAAAGUGUGUGCGUGUUUUACAGUACAGGUCGAGUGGCCCCUGACUCUCCUUUAUCUCCUUGUAAAUCUGCAAGGGUUCUUCUGUUCCUGUUUUGAGUUUAAUUUACUGGCCCCGGGGCCCCCGAGGGAUUCAUUUCGCUGUGAGCCGCAGUACAGCGGGAGUGCAGCACGACUGGGAGAGAUGUUGACAGAAUGGAUUUAGCCUGUAAUUGUGUGGCUUUUAGGACGCUUUUAUUAAACUGUAGGAUGAGCAAAAUUAAAGCAAUGAUUCUUCCUGGUCUCCCCAAAGAAGACAGGAGAUUCCUUCUCGCUGCCAGAUAUAUUAUCAACGGCACACGUAACCAAAGCGCUGAUGUCUGCACUGAUAAACUGAAAUCUGCAAAAGCCCCGCUCGACAACAUGAAUCUUGUCAUAAAAGCACCAAAAUAAACAAACUUUCUCAUGUUUGUCAUUGUUCUGUUUGCAUUUUGUCUGUUGGUUUCUUUAACGGUUGCCAUGAUGCUCAAUCUCUCUCAUAAAGAAGUCAUCGGGAAGUCUUUCAGCACAAUUCAUCUUUCAGAUGCUACUUUUCAAUCAGGGGGUUGGAAGGGGGUGCUUAAAUUUCGUAAAUUUGACAGCAUUAGGAGCCGUUCAGACCGAAUGCAUUCUUGCACUACAAAAAGCGGAAUGACUAGCUCGGAACGACGGUGAUUUUAAAAGUUGCUCUUCUUUUGAACCUGGCACGGCGUCUAAAUAUUCCAUCCAUCCAUCUUUAACCGCUUAUCCGAAGUCGGGUCCCGGGGGCAGCAGCUCCAGCUGGGGGCCCCAAACUUCCCUAUCCCGAGGUACAUUAACCAGCUCUGACUGGGGGACCCCGAGGCGUUCCCAGGCCAGUGUGGAGAUGUAAUCUCUCCACCUAAUCCUGGGUCUUCCCCGAGGCCUCCUCCCAGCUGGACGUACCAAGGGAGGCAUCCAGGGGGCAUCCUUACCAGAUGCCCAAACCACCUCAUCUGACUCCUUUUGACGCAAAGGAGCAGCGGCUCUACUCCGAGCUCCUCACGGAUGACUGAGCUCCUCACCCUAUCUCUAAGGGAGAAGCCUGACACCCUUCUGAGGAAGCCCAUUUCGGCCGCUUGUACUCGCAACCUAGUUCUUUCGGUCAUGACCCAGCCUUCAUGACCAUAGGUGAGGGUAGGAACAAAAAUUGACCGGUAGAUCGAGAGCUUUGCCUUUCGGCUCAGCUCUCUUUUCGUGACAACGGUGCAAUAGAGCGAGUGCAAUACCGCCAUGAUUCUCCGGCCAACCUCCCGCUCCAUUGUCCCGUCACUCGUGAACAAGACCCAGAGGUACAUGAACUCCUUCAAUUGGGGCAAUACCUCCUUCCCUACCCAGAGUACGCACUCCAUCAUUUUACUGCUGAGAACCAUGGCCUAAAAAUAAAAAAAAACACAAAAAUCUGGAGGAUGCGGUGCAAUGGUCAAAAACCUCUAUCUAGCACAUAUUUACUUACAAACAAGUGUAAAACAGCACAGAUGGAUGGAAAAACGAUUUGAACGUGUUUGGUGUGAACAGCCCCUUAUUAGUAUAUUCUGCUUGCAAAAGUCAACAAACAGAUUAUGAAUUCAUUUAAAAUGUUUCUUAUCAGCUUUUACAGUCUAACCUUACAUUACUGUAUUAGUAGGAAACAAAAAUACACCGUCAACUUUAUACAGAAUGUUCCGGAUAAUGUUUUAAUUUAAUAUAUUUUGGCUUUAGUGCAAUAUAAAAGCCAUUUAGUUAAUUUUGCAAAUAGCAUGUUAUCUUUAUAAUGCCACACUUACUAUUUUAAUCACACAGAACAAAUGCACCUUUAUAAGGGAAAAAUAAUACAGUUAUGUUGUGAAGGAGGGCCUUCACAAAAGAAUCAUCAUAUUUAGGGGUCCUUGUCAUGAAAACGUUUGAUUUAAAUUCUUACAAUUUAAACACUUUCCCCCAACAUCGGUGCUCAUAAAAUGAAUACUAAACUAUUCAUACACAUGCUGGAACGAACUCAACUUAAACUGAAAUUGUAAGUAAAUUCAUUUGAAACUGUCAGAACAUUAUUAAAACAUAAGCGGAGAGAAAUUAUCCUGAAGAUGCUUCUGUCGUUGUGGUGGACAGAUGGAGAAAUGAGGUCAGGUGUGGGGGGAUGUGAAAGUUAGGUGACCUUUGACCUAUCGGGGAAAGCAGCGUGGGCGGAGACUGUCACAUCACAUCACACACACACACACACACACACUCACACACAGAGGGAAACGUUUAAACUUUAAUCUAAGCAAAGACAACAUGAAACAGCGACAGCUUUUUAGUCUUACGAGAUUUAUUCCUGACUUUGUCCAUUUAUCAUUUUGUAAAUCUAUCGCAGUGUACUCUGGUUGUAUCAGGUCAUGCACACAGAACAUUUGCAUGGUGUGCACAGUAUGCAUACUACAUACUGCAGCAAUGGUAAUAGUAGAAUGGUUGUAUGCUAUUCUGAA